UCCAGCACACGUGGAAAUUUUGUUCUCCGAUCAAACUCCAGAGAAAUGUCAGAGCUGCUAGCUUGGUUCCUCUUCCUGCCACCGGUGAUAUUCAUCUUCCUUUAUCUUGUAAUAAAUCACAUGGUGAAGGGCGAGAGAAGUAUUUGUGUUGUGGUUUUGGGAGACUUUGGUCGGAGUCCUCGUAUGCAGUACCACUGCUUGUCACUGGCGUCAGAGGGCUACAAUGUUGACGUUGCCUGUUAUGGAGGAUCCAAACCUCACAGAGAUAUCCAAGAAAAUGAGAAAAUAGAACAACACAUCAUGAGGGAACCACCAGCUGUGUUGAAAUACAUGCCUCGACUAAUGAAUUAUGUUUUGAAAGUGAUUUGGCAGUCUUUGUCAGUGAUGCUCACCCUCUUAUUGCUACCCAAGUUCUCACAUGUUAUACUUCAGAAUCCCCCAGCCAUACCUUCUUUGGCUGUGGUCUGGUUUGUGUGUUUAGUACGUGGAUCAACGCUUGUAACUGACUGGCACAAUUAUGGCUUUACUAUUUUAAGCUUGGCUCUUGGCGACAUGCACCCACUUGUGCAAUUUUCCAAAUGGUAUGAAGGUUGGUUUGGAUGUCGCUCAAAAUUUAACAUAUGCGUAACUGAGGCGAUGAAGGAAGAUCUAAAAACUGUUUGGAAGAUAGAAGCUGAUGUCUUGUAUGACCGUCCGCCAGAUAUGUUUAAAGAAACAGACCUGGAAACAAAACAUAAACUGUUUAAAAGACUUUCUGGUGAAUAUGAAAUAUUUAAACCAAGCAAGCCAUCUGAGGAAGAGAUGACAGCAUUUACUGUGAGGAGAAGGUCUGGCAUCGUGGAAAAUGUUGAGAAGCGGUCAGCAUUAGUCAUCAGCAGUACCAGCUGGACAGAGGAUGAAGAUUUCUCAAUAUUGCUGGCAGCCUUGGACGAAUAUGAUGUUGCUGCCCAGAAACCAGGGUCAGAUCUGCCGCCUCUGAAGUGCGUAAUUACAGGCAAGGGGCCCCAGAAGGCGUUUUACCAAGGAUUGCUGUCUCAGAAGAAGUUUGGCGUGGUCAAAGUGUGCCUGCCAUGGCUGGAGUCCGGUGAUUACCCGCUGAUGCUAGGUUCUGCAGACCUUGGUGUUUGUCUCCAUAAGUCAUCCAGUGGUCUGGAUUUACCCAUGAAAGUAGUGGACAUGUUUGGCUGCGCCUUGCCGGUCUGCGCUCUUCACUUCGAGUGUUUGCGUGAGCUUGUCCAUCACGGGGAGAACGGGAUGGUGUUUCAUAACAGCACCGAGUUGGCCAUGCAAAUGCAGACCUUGUUGAAAGGAUUUCCACAUAAAAAUGCUCAGCUUGAAGCAUUCCGAGAAAACUUAAAGGUGUUCCGGAGAAACAGAUGGCAUCCCAACUGGAAAAGGGUUGUAUUACCAAUACUUAAAGGAAACAACAUAAAUCCGGAUAAAAAAGAUUCUUGAAAGAUUAUUGCUGGCGACACUGAAAAUUUUUCUGUAACACAGACAUAAGACCAACAUCAGCAGGAAUUCAUUCCUGGGUUUUGUUGAUAGGGAAAACGUGUUGAAGUAAUACGAAGUGAUAAACAUAUUAAAGUACAUGAACUUGGUUCAGAUUUUAAAAUUCUUCGGUUGUUGUUAUUGGGGGGGUCUUCUCCUUUAUGUCAGUAUUGGAGUGUUACAUUCGUCGUGAAAUUGAUUUGUAAAGAUGGACAAAAUAUGUAUAUAAGUAUUCUAGUACCUUUUAAACCGAUUGCAAAGAACUGCUUUCAAGAUAACCAUCUCUAUAGUAGCCGAUGUUAAUGGAUGUUUGUAGGAGAAAAUCUGUGGUAUAAGAGAAUCGGCAUCGAUUCCACAAAGCCAUUCCUGACCUUCGUCAAAAUUUAGACUGUCGUCACAAUGCUUAGUUUUUGGUACUAGAAGUGUAAAUUUUAAACAAACGUGCCUUGAUAUAUAAUAAAUACACGCAUUUAUGAAAUGUUUAAACUUAACCUGCUUGACCCUAAUUUAACCUGUAAAACCGUACUUCAAAGGACCUGGUACGAUAAGGCGAGGAUCGCCCUCCAGAGAGGUACGGUAAUAAAAUGCAAGUUUCAAAAGCCACCACAAUUCUGUGAAUUUCUGAAUCAGAAAUAUAAAACUUUGUCAAAGCGCCCAUAAAAGUAAUUUGGCCACUCAAAAGAUGGUUGCUUAGUAUUACCCCACCGAACAUGAUAUCUCGAUCAAAAACGACAUUUUUGGCCGAAAUUAGGCUUUGUGUUUUAAAUUUGCUUUAUGAAGAUCGACGUUAACCAGAAACAUAUUUUUACUGAAACUUUCACGUAUGGAUUUCUCGGUGCUGUCAAAUUUUCGUUUUGGUUAAUAUUUGACUUCAUAUGUAAAACAUAAACUUCUUAAGGGAAGUCAGGUAGCAUACUUUUGUGCGAAUAAAGCUAUAGAUCAGCUUGUAUUAAAAAAGUGUUAAUAUAAAUUAGAAUCGGUAAUAGUUAAGAUGUGCUAAUACA